CACACCCCUAAUGAUCUAGAUCGCGUAUGUUUUCUGUUAAUAUAUACUUCAAUAGCGGUGAUAUAAACACCUCUUUUUGUAAAAAAUAGAUCAAUUGCAACCUGAAGGCUGAAAGAAUAUGGCAGCGAUCCCUCCACUUAAUCAGAUAUGUCAACAACAUGGAAGUAUUUACGAAACAUAUUUUCAACAAGUGAGUUCUUCUGGCACUGGAACAGUUGGUGCCAGUGAAGCUGCCAGGUUUUUGAAAAGAUCAGGACUUCCUGAAGGAAGCUUACACAACAUUUGGGAACUAGCUGACUUUGGCAGUAAAGGAUAUUUAGAUAAACAGGGCUUCUACAUCGCAUUAAAAUUAAUUUCCUUAGCACAAAAUGGUAAAGAUAUUUCAUUAAAAAACUUGGCCUUACCAUGCUCACCACCAAACAUGGGAGACUCACCCAGGGUGGUAACUCAACCAGUCAAACCAACAAUUCCACAAUCAGAUACAACAAGCUGGGGAAUCAAGGCUAAAGAAAAAUUGCAAUAUGAUGGCAUAUUUGAUAGUUUAAAGCCAAAAGAAGGACGCUUGCUUUCUGGUGAUCAAGUUAGACCUGUUCUACUCAACUCAAAAUUAUCUGUUGAUGUUCUUAAACAGAUCUGGGAUAUAUCAGACAUUGAUGAAGAUGGUCACCUUGAUCGAGAUGAAUUUGCAGUGGUGAUGCAUUUAGUUUACCGAGCAUUGGAUGGUGAGAAAGUUCCCACUAUUCUUCCUACACAUCUAAUCCCACCAUCUAAGAGAAAGACUGGACCUACACACACUUCUAUGCCCUCAUCUAUUGGCUAUAUACCUAAAUCAAGCACCACUAGUUCUUAUACACCAUCUAUAACAGCUGGCAAGUCAUGGGUUGUCACCCCUGCUGACAAGGCAAAGUAUGACAAAAUGUUUGCACAGGCGGAUAAAGAUCAUGAUGGUUUAGUAUCAGGUGCCGAAAUAAAAGAUAUCCUGAUAGCAUCUGGGUUAGCUCAAAGUGUACUUGCUCAUAUAUGGAAUCUAUGUGAUACGAACAGCAGUGGACAACUCAAUUCUGAACAGUUCGCUUUAGCCAUGUAUUUAAUAUCAUUUAAAAGGUCUGGUAAAGAAUUGCCACAGACGCUACCAACUGAAAUGAUACCUCCAUCUGCUCGUACAUCUGUCGUCACUAGUGAUUUAUCUUCGAUAACGAUACAAUCAACGAGUAACGACUUUAGCGCCAUAAAAGAGCUCGAUAAAAUCACAACUGACAUCGAAACGCUAGGAAGAGAGAAGGCAAGUCUGCAGCAAGAAAUAAGCCAAACUGAAGAAGCGAUUCGAAAACGUAAAACUGAAAUUGAGGAUUUGCAAGUGGAGUUAGAAAAAGCCAACAAAGGUCUGGUCAUACUAACAAAACAAAAGACAGAAGCGAAAGACCGUCUAGAUGGUUUCGAUGAAGAACGCACAAAAUAUAAAACCAUGUUAAAAGACAUUAACUCAAAGUGCCAAGACGAACAACAAAUGCUGAAUCAGCUAAAAUCACAGCUGGCCUCUCAACAAACCAGUGUAAAAGAUCAAGAAGAAGAGCUACAGAAAGGUCGAAAAGAACUUGAAGAAUUGAGAAAAGAAGAAGCAAAAAUUGAACAAGAUAUUGAAACGAAUAAACAAGAAUUGGCUUCGUUGAAGAAUAAAGUUGCGGCCACGAAGUCGGAAAUAUUAAAGGGACAAAACAAAGUGAAAGAACUGAAUGAAGAGAACAAUUCAUUGAAAGAAGAGAUAACACAAUACACCGCCAUGGCGAACAGCAGUACAACAGUAAACAGUACAGCUUCACUGAACGAAUUCUCCUCACUCAAUGACACAUUUGAAACGAGGUUUAAGGAUGUUGAUCAGAUCAGUGCAAGAGCUACAGCCGGCAGUAGUCCAGUGAGCAGUAUUAGUGGAUUUAGUGUUGGUUCGUCUGGUAAAAUCGACGAAGAUAACGAGGAAAGCGACCCAUUUAAAAGCAAAUCAGAUCCUUUUGGCACGUCAGAAAUCCCCGAUCCUUUCAGCUCUGAUGACCCAUUCAAAUCGGAUCCCUUUAAAACGGUAUCCUUCGCUGAAGAUCCAUUUUCCGGGGACCCGUUUCAGGAUAAUGAUCCUUUCAAAUCUGACCCGUUCAAAUCAUCAAGCUCCGCUGCAAUACCACCAGAACCAACCAAAUCACCAGGAGCAUCUGGCACCGAUCCUUUCCGAUCACUGGAUCCGUUUGGCAGUGGUGCUUUCGCCGCCCCUCCGUCCACAACUGCGGCUUUUCCUGCGGCGAAAUCCAAAUCGUCUGAGUCCGUCUCAAGUGAUCCAUUCGCCAGUAACGACAUGUUUGCUGCAACGCCGAGCGACGAAACCGAUAAUUUAGCUCUGCCAGAAAAAAUAUCAAAAACGCCGACAACCGACCCUUUUACUUCUGACCCUUUCGCCUCAAGCGAUCCAUUUGGCACCACAAAUUCGGGCGACCUGUUUAAAACUGAGCCGAAGGGUAGUGGAUCAGACCCGUUUUCUUCUUCCACAAAUACAGCUGAUCCGUUUGCAUCUGCAACGACUUCAUCCGACCCAUUCGCUUCUUCAAGUUCAGCUGCUGACCCCUUCGCUGCCUCGUCGUCAACAAGUUCUGACCCAUUUGCGUCGUCGACAACUAAUGAGACGGUGGCUGGAAAAGAUGACCCAUGGUUCGCAUUUGGUAACAACGCCUCGGCUGCAAAGCAAGAGAAAGGAAAGAAGGACCGACCAAAAAGUGAAGAUAGUCAAUUAGAAUGGGCGAAACGCGAGAGUGAACGUGAGGAAAUGGAGAGACAGAAAAGGUUAAAAGAAUUAGCGCAGCAAGAAGAGAUGGAAAUCGCGAUAGCAUUAAAGCAAUCGGUGGAAAGUUCUUCAGACGCUUAAUAGAUUCGUGUGCAUGUCAGAUAACUCCGAAAAUUAAUUCCAUCUGUCUUUAUACAGGUGUUUCAAAUGAACUGGUCCAUCAUAUUGGAUUUAUAAGUUGUGAAAUAAAUGCGGAAAAUAUGGAAGAGAUAUAUACAAAGAAAACCAUGAAGAAGCAGAAUCACUCAUAGGGCAGCAGAAUUCCUCAGUGUUUUUAUAUCUUUAGGUUUUUGUUUUCACGUCAGUUUAACAUUUUUUUUUAUAGAAAAUGUAAUCGAAUUAUAUUGGCUAACCUACGAAAUUCCUAUCCUUGUGGAGUUUAAAAUUUAGAUCUUGGGACUAAUUUCUAUGACCUUUUAUUCCAAAAGUUUCUAAUUAGUUUCGGUGAACACUCGUACAGUUUCCUAACCAACUUAGUAUAGUAUACCACUAGAUUUGUUUUUUUUUAUGUGCGUUUUUUAUUUACGUGUGUUCCAGUCUAGUUCCUAGGGCUUUUUGAAUCAGCGCUGACACGUAAUUUUAAGAAAGUCCUGGUGACAAGAUUGCGCGUUUUUAGUAUAAGAAGUAUAUAUUUGUUAUUGUUGUUUAUAUUAAGUGUUUUGGUGUUUUAGUUUUGAAUUUUGAACUUUUUUUAAUUUUGUUUCUAAUCUAUAAACUGCUUAUCUAUCAAGAAGUACUGGAAACAAAUGGUGUUCUUCGGAAAGACUAGAGACGAAUUGUUUGUCCAUGUUUGUAUAUUAUGAACGAAAGUUCGCCAAAAAUGUUUGAUUGUUUGAAAUUAAUAGUUCAUGUGGAAUAUGCAAAUAUAUAUCAAAUUACA